UGGCUAUUCCGCAUUAAUCCAUCCACCAUUAUGAUGCAGAGUGCCGCCAUCCGCUCGCUGUUCCGCAGCGCCACGCAAUGCUGUCGAUCACCGAUGAUGGCGCUGCAUCUGACACGCCCGUCAUCGUCGUUCUCGCCGCUGGCCGCGACCUACCGUGUCCGCUUUGGCUCGCAAAGCGUGUUUGCUAAGAGUCUACAGGUCCAGACGUUUGCCUCCAUCCCUGGCCGCGACAACGAUGACCAGAAUCUUCUGCACAAUAAUAAUACCAAGAGUAAGAAGGAGCAGAUCCAGGAGCUGAUGGAGGAGAAUGCGGCGCUCAAGGAGGAGCUGGAGAAGCUCAAGGCCGAGAAUGCAAAGAAACCCAACAAGUUCAUGGGCACGUUGCAGCAAUACGGCCUUCCCUUCCUCGCCUGGUGGACGUCGCUCUACUUGGCCUCCGGUGUGUCGAUCUACGUGGCACUGGACACGGGCCUCGUAUCAGGUGCCAGCAUCAUCGACUUUAUCAUGCAGAUCGGCCUGGACAAGUUUAUCGACCCGGCCCGUCUCGACCCUACCUACGGCAACAUCGCUAUCGCGGUGAUUGUCAACGAGUUCCUCGAGAUCGUCCGCUUCCCCAUUACUCUGGCCACACUGCCCUACGCCAAGCGCGUUUUCUCGCGCAAGAAAGAGGAGGCCAAGUAAGACAGUUCAUCCAUAACAGGAGUGCAACUUUUAGGGCGAAUAGAAGAGUGUGUGUUAA